AUGGUGAACACUGAAGCCGCAGUAGUGAUCGAUAACUCCGUCCCUUCAACGGUUCCUGCUUCUGUGGCUGCGGCUGCAGUGGCAGUCGCUGUUGAGCUUGAAGCAAACAAAACUACCGAGUUGAUGCUCACUAACCUUAAGCAGCAAUCCAUUCUUGAUUUUGAUAAGGGUGAUCCGACCAUGUACGAGGCCUACUGGAAAUCAAUUGGUGAUGACUUCAAAAUCACCAUUUCAGCUUCUAAAGCCCUCAGCUACUUCGCCAACCCCAAGAGCUUCUGUUGGUUUAUGCUGCCUAAACUCGAGCGAGAAAUCAGGAAUCUCCACAAUUAUGUAGGAAACGCCGUAGUCGAAGGUCGCCACAUCGUGGUGGGGAACGGCUCCAGCCAGCUCAUCCAAGCUGCCCUUUACGCUCUUGCUGAACCCCUCGACCCCUCAAGCCCCAUCAGCGUCGUGUCCGCUGCUCCCUUCUACUCCUGCUAUCCGCAGAUAGCAGACUAUAUGAGAUCGGGACUGUUCAAGUGGGGUGGCGAUGCUCAUGCUUACGUCGACCAUGAUGAUCAACCUUACAUCGAGAUGGUCACUUCCCCCAACAAUCCCGAUGGCGAACUAAGGGGGCCUGUUGUGAAUAAAACCAAUGGCAUGCUUGUUCAUGACCUUGCAUACUAUUGGCCUCAGUACACGGCCAUCACAAAGCCUGCAGAUCACGACAUCAUGCUUUUUACCGCGUCCAAAUGCACCGGACAUGCGGGGUCGAGGAUCGGAUGGGCAAUAGUAAAGGACUCGCACGUGGCAAAACUGAUGGUGAAGUUCUUGGAGAUCAGCACCAUUGGGGUAUCCAAGGAAGCUCAGCUCCGAGCUAUCAGCAUCCUGGAGAUGAUCUCCACCAACAGCUGCCCGACUAAUUUCUUCAAGUCCCCGACUUCCCUCCUCGACACUUACGCCUGGAUGAAGGCCCGAAAGGGCAUAAACCUUGAGGAGGUGAUGAAAGAGGAGAAUAUUCGAGUGCGAGGAGGCAGGACUUUCGGUUUCCCUAGCAACUAUGCUAGGCUUAGUAUCCUGGGCAGGGAUAACGACUUUGAUCAAUUUCUGAAGAGGCUACCCUCUAUUUUUAAACGUCUAGCUCAUUCAAAGUGUUGUUCAUCGCCUGCAUAUGAGCUUUAGUCUUGC